AUGACAGCACAGGAUGAUGUGGAAGCAUAUCUUACCACCUUCGAAAGGACUGCAGAGAGGGAGAAGUGGCCGAAAGAAGAAUGGGCAGGGCUUCUGGCACCAUACCUGGCAGGGGACGCUCAAAAAGCGUAUCUCGACCUGGAGUUGAAAGAUGCACAGGAUUACGAUAAACUAAAGGGAGAGAUUCUGACUAGACUGGGAGUGACCGAUACUGUGAGGGCACACCGCUUCCACCAGUGGUCCUACCGAUCUGGACAACCUCCCCGAACACAGAUGUUCGACUUGAUUCACCUGGCACGGAAAUGGUUGCGACCGGAGACCCGUUCCUCCGCCGAGAUUGUCGAGACCAUCGUACUCAACCAGUUUCAGCGAGGUCUACCCCAAGAAGUGCGACGAUGGGUUGGCCAGAAAGAGGUACUUUCCGCCGACCAUCUCGUGGGCCUGGUUGAACGGUAUUGUACGGCAGGAACAGCUGAGCAGGCACAGGAGGAAAGAUUCCCAUUCCCCAGGCCUGGGCGAACCAGCGGACAGGGUAAGACUGUCCCAACAGGUGGAGGGGGAAGAGAGCAGCGUGGGGCCAUGAGGAAAGAAUCAGAAUCGGGCCGAGACACGAAGGGAAAAAACGGAAACCGGGACCGGGGGUCGAGGGAGUCUCCCCCCCGAACCCCUAUUAUCUGUUCCAAUUGUAAUCGACCAGGACAUAUUGCAGCCUACUGCCCUAUUAAAGAAGAGCCAAUGCAAGUGCUGGUGGUACCAGACUUUGAGAAAGAGUUUGUGGUUCAGACGGAUGCCUCAGAGGUCGGCUUGGGAGCAGUGCUAUCCCAAGAGGUAGAAGGGGUGGAACACCCCAUCCUGUUUUUAAGCAGGAAGCUGGGCCCACAGGAAACCAACUACGCAGUGGUUGAGAAAGAGGCGCUGGCAGUAAAGUGGGCUCUAGAAAGCCUGAAAUACUACCUGCUGAGGCGCCACUUCACCCUCAUCACCUGCCCCCCAGGGACAUUCAAGUCGAGCCAGGGUCCAGGUCUGUGUCUGCAGUGCCCCUCCAACAGCCGCUCUGCAGCCGAGUCCGCCACUAUCUGCGUCUGCCGCAACGGCUACUACCGUGGGGACGUAGACCGACCUGACAUGCCCUGCACCAGCGUUCCCUCGGGCCCGCGGAACGUGAUCUCCGUCGUGAACGAGACUUCGGUGAUCCUGGAGUGGCACACGCCCAGGGAGACGGGCGGUCGUGAGGAUGUGGUCUACAACAUCGUGUGUAAGAAGUGUCGUGCGGACCGCCGUACCUGCUCGCACUGCGACGACAACGUGGAGUUUGUGCCUCGGCAGCUUGGCCUAACAGAGACCAGGGUGUUCAUCAGUAACCUGUGGGCUCACACGCUGUACAGCUUUGAGAUACAGGCUGUAAAUGGGGUCACCAACAAGAGCCCUUACCCUGCCCAGCACGUGUCUAUAGACAUCACCACCAACCAGGCUGCCCCCUCGAUCGUACCCAUCAUGCACCAGGUGAGCUCCACCAUGAAGAGCUUCACGUUGUCAUGGCCACAGCCCGAACAGCCCAACGGAAUCAUCUUGGACUACGAGCUACGCUUCUAUGAGAAGGACCAUGCAGAGAUUAAUUCCACCAUGGUGCGCAGCGAGACCAACACAGCCCGCGUGGAGGGCCUCCGGGCGGGCACGGUCUACGUUGUGCAGGUGCGGGCCAGGACUGUGGCUGGCUUUGGCAAAUACAGCGGCAAGAUGUGCUUCCAAACGCUCACAGAUGAUGACUAUAAAUCAGAGUUGAGGGAGCAGCUUCCUCUGAUUGCUGGCUCGGCUGCAGCAGGAUUGGUGUUCAUCGUCUCUCUAGUGGCCAUCUCCAUCGUCUGCAGCAGGAAACGGGCGUACACCAAGGAAGCGGUGUACAGCGACAAGUUACAGCAUUACAGCACAGGAAGAGGCUCUCCGGGGAUGAAGAUCUACAUCGACCCCUUCACUUAUGAGGACCCCAACGAGGCCGUCCGGGAGUUCGCCAAGGAGAUUGACGUCUCCACCGUCAAGAUCGAAGAAGUCAUCGGCGCAGGUGAGUUUGGUGAGGUGUACAAGGGACGUCUGAAGCUCCCAGGCAAGAGGGAGAUCUACGUAGCCAUCAAGACCCUGAAGGCAGGAUACGUGGAGAAGCAGAGGCGGGACUUCCUGUCCGAGGCUUCAAUCAUGGGACAGUUCGACCACCCCAACAUCAUCAGACUGGAGGGCGUGGUCACCAAGAGUCGGCCAGUCAUGAUCGUCACAGAGUUUAUGGAGAACGGGGCCCUCGAUUCCUUCCUGAGGCAAAACGACGGUCAGUUUACCGUAAUCCAGCUGGUGGGCAUGAUGAGGGGCAUCUCGGCGGGCAUGAAGUACCUCUCUGAGAUGAACUACGUCCAUAGAGACCUGGCUGCCCGCAACAUCCUGGUCAACAGCAACCUGGUCUGCAAGGUGUCUGACUUCGGACUUUCGCGCUACCUUCAGGACGAUACCUCUGACCCUUCCUACACCAGCUCUCUGGGGGGUAAGAUCCCGGUGAGGUGGACGGCUCCAGAGGCCAUCGCCUACAGGAAGUUCACCUCAGCCAGUGACGUGUGGAGCUACGGCAUCGUCAUGUGGGAGGUGAUGUCAUUCGGAGAGAGACCCUACUGGGACAUGUCUAAUCAGGAUGUGAUCAAUGCCAUAGAGCAGGACUACCGGCUGCCCCCUCCCAUGGACUGCCCCUCGGCCCUGCACCAACUCAUGCUGGACUGCUGGCAGAAGGACCGUAACGCCCGGCCACGCUUCACUGACAUCGUCAACACCCUGGACAAGAUGAUCCGCAACCCAGCCAGUCUCAAACAAGUGGCCAGCAUCCCUGCAGUGCCUUCCCAGCCCCUGUUGGACCGUUCUAUCCCAGACUUCAACACCUUCAGUUCAGUUGGAGAGUGGCUGGGAGCCAUCAAGAUGACCCAGUACAGAGACAACUUUCUCAACUCUGGCUUCACCUCCCUGCAACUGGUAGCACAGAUGACCUCUGAAGACCUCCUCAGGAUAGGUGUAACCCUGGCGGGCCACCAGAAGAAGAUCCUGAGUAACGUUGCCUCCAUGCGGGUCCAGAUGAGCCAGUGCCAGUCGCCCACCACCAUGGCAUGACUGGAGGGGGCGCGGUGCCACGGGUCGGGCAGCAUUCAGGCAGGCAGGGACUACAGCAGGAAGGACUACACCCCUCACCGAAUGACCCCCAACCCGUCGGGACGCGCCAGGGUCGAGACUAUCAUCCUCAUCUAAUGGAACAUCAUAAUUGCAGUAGACCAGGGUCCAGACCAAUACUAACUCAAUAUCACCUUCCACUAAUCUGAGUUAUAAUGAGUUAUGAUCCAGAGUUCAGUGGGUUCAGAGAAUUUCUUUUCUAAUCUUAAUCUGUGAGUUCUACAGUCCUGGAGUCUGGAGUGAACAAAUGAUCAUCCUAGUCUGAACUAUCCAUUGUCUGGAGUUCCAUGGGUUCAGAUACUUUUGUCACAUCUUAAUCUGUGGCCAUGGACUAUACUAUCAUCAAUGGAUUAUCAUCAGUGUGUAGGCCUGUGUAAUUUCACAUCUAGAGCCCAUGGUAUAUAGAAUAUGAUCGUAUUGUACUGUAAUCUAACCCCAGACCACCACAGGCUGACACGGUGAUGGAGUCUGGGACUAUCAGAUGUAUAUCUUUACUGGAUGACGGUAGACUGGAGAGGAGGACCAAGUGGAAGCCAUUUUGAAGAGGAAGUUCAUGUCAUCAGAAGGUCUCUGAUAUGUAAUUUGAACCCAGGCCUUCUUCAAAGACUAGUGAGGAUGCUUAGCCUGGCUAGGAGCAGCGGUAUGAAAUGCGCGUAGAAAGAAAGCAAUUCAAAUUCACCAUACAUUGUCAUUAUACACACAUACGGAAAAUGAUACAGAGGCAUACAGUGGUGUAUGGUUGAUUUGGUUUGACCAUUUCUCACCUAUUUUUCACCUAUUUUUUCUUCAUUCAAAACUUUUGACAUCUUGGAGAUCUCCUCAAGGUCAACAGUUGAACUGGCGGGAAAGGAGAGCUUUUGAGACAUUUGUUGAUGUCUUGUUUUGUUUUUUAACCAUAAAAGCAGGGAACUCAGACCUCUCUUCCAUUUUUUCACCUUAACACUACCUGUCGAUGUCUGGGCUGAUGGCCUUGCCAAAGGACUAGUGAAACGGCCUCGCCCAGAUUCUGAGAAUAUAUAAAAAUAUGUAUAUCUCUAACUAAAUAUGAAUAUAUCUUCAGAAUAAAUCUUCAUAUUGAAGGUGAUGUGUAUGAAUAUGUAUGUGCAAGACUCUCUCUGCUUGCAUUUUUGGCAAAGAUGACGUUUUUGUGCACUGAAUUGUAAUGGGGAUGGACACAUAUAAUGCUGAGGAGUCACAAUCCUGAAUGAACUUUGACCUGGAAAUAAAUGUACAAAGGACCAUGUACAAAUUACUGUUUCUGUAGAUGUGUAUAAAACAACUGUAGGGAUAAAAAAACGUGACCAAAACGUCCAUUCUCUGGAGGGCCCAUGUUAAAUGUGAGUGUAUCCAUGCCGUAUCUUGCUGAUGAGCACUUACUUGUACAGAUUAUGUUGUUUCUUCUUUAUUUCUUUGUUUGUUGUUUGUGUUGGAGGGAUUGGAACCGUCCAGAAUGGGAAGGAGAGUGGAGAGUGUCUCGUCUCAUCUGGCCAAAUGUCAAUGAUGAUGGACACACACACACACACACACACACACACACA